GAAUUUCCUUGCAGAUUGAACUCGUCAAAGACGGACGAAUUCGAGCCUGAGACUAGGAAAGCUCUAAUGCGCCCGUCGAAUCCGCGCCUUUUCUUGUACCAAAAAUAUCACGUUCCCUCCAUUCUUGAAUGCCCCAGUAAGCUCCUGAAAGCCUCAGCCGACUCCAAGAGCUGGAAUUUGGGUAGAGCAGUCCACGCCCGAUUGAUCGUAUCUGAUAAAGUCCCUCAAAAUGAUAUCACCCACAACAACUAUCUCAUCAAUUUCUACUCGAAAUGCGGCCAAAUGUGUUCUGUGCGAAACCUGUUCGACAGAAUGCCUGAAAGAAAUGUUGUUUCUUGGAGUGCUUUGAUGGCCGGUUACCUGCACAAAGGACUCCCGCUGGAAGUCCUUGGGCUGUUCAAAACCAUGCUGUCCGCUGAUGCACGCCCAAAUGAGUAUGUACUUGCCACAGUUAUUGCUUCCUGUUCCAACAGUGGAAGAGACCGAGAAGGAGAGCAGUCUCAUGGGUGCGUGGUGAAGUGCGGGCUGGAGCAUCAUCAAUAUGUCCGUAAUGCACUCAUUAGCUUAUACUUGAGUUGUUCCGACGUGGAGGCAGGUCUGCAGGUUUUUUCUUCGUGGCCCGUUUAUGAUAUUUUCACAUAUAACUCCCUCAUAAAUGGGCUCUUAGAGAAUGAGUACUUCUCCGAAGCAUUACAAGUUUUCACUCUUAUGGUGAAGGAGGGCGUCUUCUCAUGGGAUGGGUUUACGUUUUCUACCGCAUUCAGCUUCUGUGCUUCGAUUAAGGAUUUGAGACUUGCUACUUUGCUCCACUGCCGGUUGUUGAAGGCCUAUCGUGUGGUUUCUGAUGUAUUUCUUUGCAGUGCACUUGUUGACACGUAUGGGAAAUGUGGGAAGGUUAGUUACGCAAUCAGAGUCUUUGACCAGUUACCCAAAAGUAAUGUGGUCACUUGGACCUCAGUCAUGGCCGUGCAGUAUCAGAAUGGGUGCUUUGAGAAGGCAUUGGAUCUGUUCCCAAGAAUGAUGAACAAAGAUAUUCGACCAAAUGAUUUCACUUUUGCAAUAUUGUUAAACUCCUGUGGAGGUCUAUCUGCCUUAAGGACUGGAGAUAUUCUGCACGCAAUGGUCCACAAGCUGGGAUUUGGGGACCAUACUGAUGUGGGAAAUGCUCUUAUGCACAUGUACUCCAAGAGUGGAGACAUUGAAGCCUCCAAAAGAGCUUUUCAGCACAUGAACGUACGGAAUCCUAUCACGUGGAACUCAAUGAUAUGUGGAUACUCCCAUCACGGGCUUGGAAAUGAAGCUCUGAGUACAUUUGAGGAAAUGGUGGCCUCAGGGGAGCUCCCGAACUACGUAACGUUUGUGGGAGUUCUCUCUGCUUGCGGCCAUUUAGGUUUGGUCCACGAAGGAUUGUACAUUCUCAACCACUUAAUGCCAUAUUAUGGAAUCAGACCAGGAAUUGAGCACUGCACCUGUGUCAUCGGACUAUUCUGUAAGGCUGGUUUAUUAGAAGAUGCUGAGAAAUUUAUGAGGUCGACACCCAUCAAAUGGGACAUUGUUGCUUGGCGUACUUUGCUGAGUGCUUGUCAUAACCACAAGAAGUAUGGUCUCGGGAAGCGAAUUGCUGAAGUUGUCCUUGGGAUGGACCCGAAUGAUGUGGGGACUUAUGUACUUGUGUCUAAUAUGUACGCCAAAGCAAAGAGAUGGGAUCAGGUUGCAAACAUUCGGAAGAUGAUGAGAGAUCAGAGUAUCAAAAAGGAGCCUGGGGUUAGUUGGAUCGAGAUAGAGAAUAUGACCCAUGUUUUUGUUUCGGAUGACAAUAAACAUCCUGAGUACCUUCAGAUCUUAGAGAAAGUUGGUGAGUUGUUGAGUAAGAUAAAGAAAUUGGGGUAUGUACCGGACAUUGCCAUGGCACUUCACGACGUGGAAGAUGAACAGAAGGAGGACCAUUUGAGCUAUCACAGUGAGAAGCUGGCGAUAGCUUACGGUCUCUUAAAGAUGCCUCGACGGGUGCCAUUGCGGGUUUUUAAGAACCUUAGGAUGUGCGAUGAUUGCCACUCUGCUGUCAAGCUCAUUUCGAAGGCCGAGAGGCGGGUUAUAAUUGUCAGAGAUGUGAACAGAUUCCAUCAUUUUCAGGAGGGACGGUGUUCUUGCGGAGAUUACUGGUGAGAAAAUGUUGAGUAAGAUCAAGAAAUUGGGGUAUGUACCGGACAUUGCCAUGGCACUUCACGAUGUGGAAGACGAGCAGAAGGAGGACCAUUUGAGCUAUCACAGUGAGAAGCUGGUGAUAGCUUAUGGUCUCUUAAAGAUGCCUCAGCGAGCACCAUUAUGGGUUUUUAAGAACCUUAGGAUGUGCAGUGAUUGCCACUCUGCUGUCAAGCUCAUUUCAAAGGCGGAGAGCUGGGUUAUAAUUGUCAGGGAUGUGAACAGAUUCCAUCAUUUUUCAAGAGGGACAGUGUUCUUGCGGAGAUUACUGGUGAAGAAAUGUUGAUUGAAAUUUUCCAAACAAUGCUUCAGACCUCAUGGAAGGAGAUUGCUAGUUGGGGGAGAAUAUGUGAUUCAUGAGAUAUUUUCCUGUGCCAAGCAAUAUGUGAGAUUAUGACUUCUCCAGAGGUCCUUCAUGGAGGUAACAGUUGAUACUCGACUCAGGUCAUGGGUGCACGAGUUGAGUUCUCUUUCUUCUGUUGUUUUUAGUACAGGUGCUAAAACAUUUUCUUAUUAUUUUUCCCCCUCUUUUCAUGUCGUGGCUCAUAAGUCAUAACUAAGGGCUUGUUGAUGCCAGUGUAUCUGUAGAAAACAGGAUAUCGAUAGAGAAACAAUCCCCAAGCCAACUUGAUGCGAACCUGGAAUCUAUGACAACUAACUUGAUUGGUGACUUUUCUGGAGGCAUUUGCUCGAGAAAGACGUUCUUGAAUUCCUCACUUUUCUCGCCAAUGGGCCGCUUGAUUUGAAGUUGCUCUUCCUCCUUUUGGUUAGGUGGAAGCGACAAUAACGUUGCGUUUCGAUCAUCGCUGUCCAGAAAUUGAGAAACAAUAUGACCAUUCUCUUUGCCGUUGGGUUGAAACUUGUUUGUGGGUUUCUCUUUUAUGGGCUUCAAGGCUAUUUUAUCUUCCUUCUUCGUCGAAGAACCCCACUUCAAUUUGCAAGAGGAUGAAUCAGAAGCUUCGUCAUAGCCAUCUAGCAACUGUUUAA